GUCUCAGUCAGUCUCUCCACCUCCAGUUUUGUAUCCACCAAGAAGUCCCAUCUACCCACUCAGUGAUAGUGAAACCUCAGCCUGCAGGUACCCCAGCCACUCUAAUCCCCAAGUGCUCCUCAAGGACCGACAUUCUCGCAAUCCUUCACCCUUAAGCCCUCAAGAUCCCUCCCCAGAGACUUCACCACCCAGCUGUACCCUCAAGGCUACCAGCUUCAGCUAUUUGAACAGAACCCCUUCAGUGCGAAAAAGAGAGGACCAGAAGGAGACUGUCCAGGGUGCAGCUGAGGAUGUAGAGGGUGUGGCUGCUUGCCUUCCUCUCGCCCAGAGCACCCCAUUUCCCGGGCCAGGAGCUGGCCCGCGGAGUGUCUUGCUGAGUUGCACUGGUACCCGAGCCCAUAGCCUGGGUAUCCGGGAGAAGAUUUCAGCAUGGGAAGGUCGCCGAGAGGCUUCACCCAGGAUGAGUCUGUGUGGAGAGAAGCGGGAGGGUUCUGGGAGCGAGUGGGCGGCCAGUGAGGGCUGCCCCAGUGUGGGCUGCCCCAGUGUGGUGCCAUCCCCCUGCAGCUCAGAAAAGACCUUUGAUUUCAAAGGCCUCCGGAGGAUGAGCAGGACCUUCUCUGAGUGUUCCUACCCUGAGACAGAGGAGGAAGGAGAGGCACUCACUGUACGGGACUCUUCAUACCGGCUGGAGAAGCGGCCAGGCCGGACUGAGCCUAGUGCCUUGCUCAGGGGUCACAGCAGCAGGAAAGAGAGCUCAGCCGUGCUGAGCCGGAUCCAGAAAAUUGAACAAGCCCUAAAGGAGCAGCCUGGCCGGGGUCUUCCCCAGCUCCCCAGCAGCUGCUACAGUGUAGACCAUGGGAGGAGAAAGACUGGAACCUUGGGCACCUUGGAGGAACCAACAGGGACUGCAAGUGUGAGCUCCAGCAGCAGGGCAGGAGGAGUGGCUGGAGUUGUGGGGGAGGCAGGCCUACCCCUAGACCGGGAAGGCAGUGGCUCCAUGAAGUCAGGGACCCCUGGAAAUAGCCCUAGCCCCCAGCUGCUGCCUUCAAAGAGCUCCCUUGAUCCCACUGUGAACCCUGUUCCCAAACCCAAGCGUACCUUUGAAUACGAGGCUGACAAGAACCCCAAGACUAAGCCAAGCAAUGGUCUACCUCCUUCACCCACACCUGCUGCUCCACCCCCAUUGCCUUCCACCCCAGCCCCACCAGUCACCAGGAGACCAAAGAAGGACAUGCGAGGUCACCGGAAGUCACAGAACAGACAAUCCUUUGAGUUUGAGGAUGCGUCCAGUCUCCAAUCCCUGUACCCCUCUUCUCCCACUGAGAAUGGUACUGAGAGUCAACCUAAGUUUGGAUCCAAAAGCACUUUAGAAGAGAAUGCCUAUGAAGAUAUUGUGGGAGAGCUUCCCAAGGAGAAUCCCUAUGAAGAUGUAGACUUAAAGAACCGAAGAGCUGGACGAAAAUCCCAGCAGCUGUCUGAGAACUCCUUGGACUCUUUGCACAGGAUGUGGAGUCCCCAAGACAGGAAGUACAACAACCCACCCAUGCAGCUGUCCCUGAAACCUAGCAGUCAGUCCCUGCACAGUGGGAACUGGUCAGAAAGGAAGAGCCAUCGUUUGCCACGAUUACCCAAGAGGCAUAGCCAUGAUGACAUGAUGCUGCUGGCUCAGCUGAGCCUGCCAUCUUCACCCUCCAGUCUCAAUGAAGACAGCCUCAGCACCACCAGUGAGCUGCUUUCCAGCCGAAGGGCCCGUCGAAUUCCCAAGCUUGUCCAAAGAAUUAACUCUAUUUAUAAUGCCAAGAGAGGAAAGAAGAGGUUAAAAAAGCUGUCUAUGUCCAGCCUUGAGACAGCGUCAUUGAGAGAUGAGAACAGUGAAAGUGAGAGUGACUCUGAUGACAGGUUCAAAGCCCACACACAGCGCUUGGUACACAUCCAGUCGAUGCUGAAACGUGCACCCAGCUAUCGGACACUGGAGCUGGAGCUACUUGAAUGGCAGGAACGGGAGCUCUUUGAGUACUUUGUGGUUGUGUCCCUCAAGAAGAAGCCAUCUCGGAACACCUACCUCCCUGAAGUCUCCUACCAGUUUCCCAAGCUGGACCGACCCACCAAGCAGAUGCGGGAGGCAGAAGAAAGGCUCAAAGCUAUUCCCCAGUUUUGCUUUCCAGAUGCCAAGGACUGGCUCCCUGUGUCAGAAUACAGCAGUGAGACCUUUUCUUUCAUGCUGACUGGGGAAGAUGGUAGCAGGCGCUUUGGCUAUUGUAGGCGCUUACUGGUGAGUACGACCAUUCAGAUCUCAGAGGUUGGUGGGCAGGGGAGGGCCAGGGAAUUUGUAUAUCUCAAUGUACACAGCAUUAGCCGAUGUGAAAGCCUGUGAUCUGCUGAACCUGCU